ACGCGCUCCUCAUCGUUUGCAACGACGAGCACGACCACCGCUAUGGUGACCCAGACACGAACUGGCAGCAAUGCCUCUAAAAAGAAACUCGCCUUCAACGAGAAAAUCGUUGCCAAAGGCCUUACGACCGAUGCCCUCCUAAAAAAGCUCAAGGCCCUCCACACAGAACUCGCCGAAAUGGACCAGGAGCUUAUAGAUGUCAAUUCCUUGGGCAUGGCGCGCUCCCAGCUCAUCAACACGUCUAUACUUCUACACAAAGAUAGAGGUGUCAAAGCUUACACUGCUUGUUGUCUGGCCGACAUCCUUAGGCUUUACGCUCCCGAUGCCCCGUACACUCACACGGAACUCCGAGAUAUCUUCCAGUUCUUCUUCAGACAACUGUCUGCCGGCCUCAAAGGAGGCGCAGACUCAUCAUAUUAUAACGAAUAUUUUCACCUCCUCGAAUCUUUAUCCACCGUUAAAAGCGUCGUCCUGGUUUGCGAUCUCCCUCAUUCUGACGAGUUAAUGGUUGAUAUAUUCCGGGAAAUCUUUGGCUUGAUUCGCCGCGAUCUUGCAAAAAAGAUGGAGAUUUUUCUGGCCGAUAUUCUCGUCGCGAUAAUAGAUGAGUGUCAUUCGCUGCCACAAGAAGUUCUAGAAACCAUAAUGGCUCAGUUUAUGGACAAAAACGCUCGCAUGGAUCAACCUGCAUAUCGGCUUGCUGUACAAAUAUGUAAUGCCACAGCUGACAAACUGCAACGGCAUGUUUGUCAGUACUUCACCGACAUCAUAGUGGCACACUCCCGUGAUGAGGAGUUUGGAGAAAUACAGACAGCUCAUGAUCUGGUCAAACAGCUCAGCCGUUCCUGUCCUGCAUUACUACAUAGUGUGAUACCUCAGCUUGAGGAAGAGUUACGGGUUGAAGAGAUGCAGGUAAGGCUCAUCGCAACUCAAGUCCUCGGCGAAAUGUUCUCGGAAAAGGGAGGAGCCGACCUUGUGAAGAAGUAUCCUUCUACCUGGAAUGUAUGGCUCAUGCGCAAGAUUGAUAAAUCCCCUGUUGUUCGACUGAAGCUUGUCGAAAGCGCCAAAGGUCUUCUGGUGCACCUUCCAGACGUACGUGAAGUGACUGAAGAAAUGCUGCGAACAAAGCUCCUGGACCCUGACGAGAAAGUUCGGGCAGCUGUUUGCAAAGUGUAUUCUCAACUUGACUACGAAACAGCGUUACAUCACGUGUCUGAAAUGCAGCUACGGUCUGUUGCUGGUCGAGGAUUAGACAAAAAGCACUCUGUUCGUGUUGAGGCUCUUAAUAGUAUCGGUAAACUAUAUAGCCUAGCGUAUCCUGAAAUUGAAAAUGGCGAUCCUGCAGCAAUUCAGCAAUUCUCCUGGAUCCCCAAUGAGGUUCUACAUUCAUUGAGUGCUCCUGAGGCAAAGGUCGUCGCUGAACAGGUCGCAGCCGAUUUCAUAUUUCCAAUACCGUCAAUAUCGCCCUCAGCAUCAAAGAACCUAGAAUUCGACGAAGCUACUUGGACCGAUAAGUUGUUGAAUACGAUGAAUUUCCUCGACGAGAAAGCUAUACAUGUAGCACUCAACUCUAGCGGCAUUAAAAGCAGCCGACCCACUGUAUACGAAGUUUAUGUGCAAUGCUGCGUGCAAAACAAUGGGGGUGUCAUUGACGAAAAUGAGGAAUAUAUCAAGCAAAGACUAAGCAAUAUCAUACGACAUAUCUCCCGUACGUAUCCCGAUAACCAAAAGGCAUCCGAAGAUCUGCAGACAUUCGCAGAUUUGAACGAAGGGAGAUUAUACAAGCUGUUGAAGACAUGUAUGGACACACAAACUGACCUCAAAAGUUUGGCCAAAGCAUCUAAUGAGUUUCUUCGUCGCAUGGAACAAUCUUCUUCAAGUAUCUUGUCAACCAUGACUGUAUUUCUUCGCAGGGCCACUCUGCGCAUUGUCAACCAAUCAUCGAUUCCGACACUUAUCAAACGUAUACAGAAGUCUGGCGAUAGCAAUGCAAAGAAUCAGUCGUCAGGGAAGCAUGCUCAGACCCUGCUGACAUAUGUGUCAAAACAUUGUCCUACACUUUACAAACCCCACGUAAGCGAAUUAACGAAAUCGAUCGCUGAUGAAAAGAACCCGAAACUCGUGGAAGUGAGCCUUCAUGCAUUAGCCUCCUUAGUAGCAUCGGACAACACGCUAUCGGUACUGGACAGGCGGACAACUGAAAGAAUCAUGCGCUUCGUCCUCGAGUCGAACCCUCGACAUGCUAAAUACGCAGCUCGCCUUCUCGCGCUUUCCAAAGAUCGAGAUGCUCUAUGUACCGAGGUUGUAGAAUCGAUAGCCGACAACCUCUCAGAAGCAGACCCUGACUUGCUGGUAGCGCACACAGCUGCCCUAGUGCAAUUCUCCCGGCUAGCGCCUGAUGCUUUUGAGCACAGAAGCGAUGUUAUCAUGGCCUUUCUCCUAAAGAGAGUUCUUAUGGUGCCCAGCCCGCCCGGUCCUGAUGAUAUGGCAACAGAUGUCGAAUGGGUGGAAGAUGUUGACGUAUCGCCUUCUCUAAAAACGAAAGUUUUAUCGCUCAAAGUGUGCAGAAAUCGCUGUAUUGCCCAUGCCACCUCGGAAACAGCCCUUGAAAUAUCUGCUCCUGUUUUGAGAAUGUUUAUGACGCUGCUGGAACACGGGGGUUCCUUUACGGCGGAUGCUUCAGACGAUCCCAGUGUUAGGUCUCGUCUGCGGUUACAGGCAGCUAUUUCCCUCCUUCGCCUAGCAACAAUCGAUGCUUACACCACUGUAAUUGAUGAAAAUUUUAUCCUAUUGGCUAUUACUGUUCAGGAUUCAUGCUAUAAUGUUCGAGUGACUUUCUUGGAAAAGUUGGUGGUUCUCCUUACGCAACGCAAAUUAUCGCCUCGUUACAAUCUUAUUCCUUUCUUGACUACGCAUGAUCCAGAAGCUGAUGUGAAAACUCGAGCGUCAGCAUAUGUGGGAUUCGCAGUUCGGAACUGCUCUCCAUCGGCUAGGAUCGAACAAUUUGAAUCUAUAUUUAUUCGCCUUCUUCAUCUCCUCGCCCAUCACCCCGACUUCGCAAUCAUUCACGAGAACGUGGAAGAAAUGGCAAAAUAUAUCGACUUUUAUCUUGAUUUAGUUGCAUCCGUUGAGAAUAUAUCGCUCCUAUAUCACCUCGCAAUGAAAGCGAAAACGAUACGAGAUGCCGAAUCACAGGUUUUCAGCGAAAACUUGUAUGCCAUGAGCGAACUUGCUCAAGAGUUAAUCAAGUCUCGCGCGCGAUCGAACUCUUGGAGCCUUCAAAGCUAUCCGGGAAAGAUUAAACUACCAUCUGACAUUCUUCGGGCCCUUCCUAAUGCAGAAGCCGUUAAUAAGGUUGUCAAAACAGUAUACCUUCCCGAGGAAACUUUAACCUGGCUCAGCGAGAAUUCGAAAGGCCAUAAAAUAUCAACAAAUGUCAAGGCGAGGCGACGAGAACCCAAAGAAUUAAAAGCAGCGAGCAAACGCAAGGCAGAGCCUAAAGCUAGGCCCAACGGUCAGACCAAGCGCGCACGGCAGACAAAUCGUUGGAAUAGCGACCAGUCGGAAUCAGACGACCAACCAUCGUCUGACACCGAAGGGGAAGAUAAGGGUGCAGAUAGUCCUGGUCCUGAGACCUCGGACUCUGACGGAACUGCUAAUGGUGACGACACCGAAAAUACUGAUGACAAGGAGACGGGACGAGGGAAAGAGCUGGGUCGAAGUGCCCGGACUCGAGCCAAGGCAAAGAUCAGGCAGCAGGUAAAGAAAGGAGGGAGAGGGAGGAAAGGAUGACGAGUUGGUUGGUUACUAGGUUACUUGCGAUUUACUCAUCCUCUUUGGUCUAUGCCGUGAAUAUUGUUUAUCUCUAUUGAGCUCUGGGCUUGCUAUUCUCUGUAUUUUAAUUCUAGCGCUAUCGAUGGUCCAUACUGACCUGAACAUACUAU